CACACAAUCCUUCACUUUUUCCGAAUCUCAAGAACAACAACAACGAGACUCAUAAUAAAUCCACAAAUUCAUAAUUCAAAACAUAAAUUCAUUUCAACAAUCGAUCCAAUUCAUCAAUCUAAACAUCAAAAACCGUUCGAAUCGCACGAUUAUUCCUAAUCGAUCUUCGUUUCUUGUAACCUAGGGUUUCUAAUUUGUUGAUUUCAGAAAAUUAGGUUUAAUCUUCGUUUUUCUUCAGCGAAUUUUUAUUUUUAGAGGUUGAAAUCGAGGUAUAUACGAUUAAUCGUCUGUUUAGUUCGAUCGAUUGUACAAUCGAUUGUUUCCAUCACGUUUUUCGUUGCCGAAUUUGAAUUCUAGGGUUUGAAAUCGAGAUAUUUAGGAUUAUUCGUCUGUUUUGUGCAAUCGAUUGUUUCUGUUACGUUUUUCGUUACCGAAUUUGAAUUCUAGGGUUUGAAAUCGAGAUAUAUAGGAAGAUUCGUCUGUUUUGUGCAAUCGGUUGUUUCUGUCACGUUUUUCGUUAGCGAAUUUGUGUUUCUAGGGUUUGAAUUUUGCAAUCGAGAUGCUGGAUCAGUCACAGAUGAUGAAUCAUUCGCAGUUGAUGAGUCAAUCACAUUCACAGCAGAUGAUGUUAAUGAAUCACUUGAGUAAUCAGAAUCAGUUGCAGUCUCAGAGAGGUUACAUGACGUGGCAACAGAACACGAAGCCUUCUGGUUAUGUUCAGUCACGAAGCAAUAACAAUCGGAGGAAAACGACGUCGUUUGGAGGUAAUAAUCAGAACGAAUUACAUCAACAGACUCAACAGAAUCGGUUAAAACCUAAAAGGUACAUUACAAAGAAGAAGUUUAAUAACAGCAGUAGUAAAUCUAAAUCUGCUCCGUUUGCACCUAGGAAUACGACGUCGUUUCUAAUUAGGGCUAAAAAAUCCGGUGGAAUAACGUCUUUAGUGUCGCCCUGCCCGGUGACACCUGCGGUACUUCCUACGCCUAUUUUUUCGCCGUCUCGAGAGGUUUUAGUUGAUAUGGCUAAGGAAGAAUGGGGGGUAGAUGGUUACGGUUCGAUGAAGGGGUUAAUCAGGCUUAGAUCGGAUAAUGAUGAUGGUAUUGAGGAUGAUGAGGGCGGGUCGAGUGAGAGCGAUGUGGAGGAACAUGAACAGGAGCAUGAGCAUGAGCAUUUGGAGGUGGAGAAGAGGUUGGAUCAUGAUUUGAGUAGAUUUGAAAUGGUUUAUCCGAACUAUGGUGGUUCGGAUCAUGUGUUGGAGAACAGAGUGGAUGAUCAGGAUGCUCAUAUAGCGCGGCUGGAGGAAGAGAAUUUGAUGGUGAAGGAGAGGUUGUUUUUGAUGGAAAGGGAGUUCGAGAAUUUGAGAGCACGGUUGCAGUGUUUGGAGACGCGGAGGCAAGGAGCAGGAGCAGGAGCUCGAAGGUUUGUCGAAGAGGUUGUGGAGAAUGGUUCUGAGGAUGAAAGUGGGAGUCGGGGUUAUGGUAGGUCGAUUGACGGAAACAGCGAGGUUUUUGAGGAGAACAAGAAUAAUGUUGUUAAUCAAGAAUCUGAUAAUGGUGGAAAGGGUGAUGCAGCAGUAGAUUGGCAUAUGGAAAAUGGUAUUCAGAAAAGCGAAGAGAAGAUGAAUGCUGUGGUGGAAGCGAAGAUUGGAGAUGAUUAUCAUGUAAAUGGGAUGGGUCUUAAUGGUGAAAAGGGUGUAGCAGCAGAUAACGCGAAUGUUGUCGACGAAGAUUGUAAGAUUGAAGAUGAUCAUGUAAAUGGAGACAGUUGUGUGAAUCAAUAAGUAAAUAUGGAUGGGCAGAGAGACUCAAGUAUCAAUUUUGUGCAACUUGUUCCAACACUCAUAUUCACUUUAGUUGAAAUGUUGGAUGGCAAAGAAAACAGUGAACAUCCACAGCGUUUUGUGCGGUUCUCUUGUGAUGGCUUGGGUUCAUCAUUGCAAUGAUCAGUUUAAAGUUUAAAGAAUGGAACAUCAAAUAUGAUCUUUAACCAAUCAAAGGCCCCAAGUCGAAUGGUUGAACCGUUUCGCUUGGAAAUAGUUAGUUGAACCGUUUCGUUUGGAAAUAGUUGGGUUUCAACCAGAAAUUGACGCUCCUCGGUUAUUACCUUGUGCAUAAAUGCAUGUCUGUUAAGUUUUAUAAUUUUUAUAAA